AGAUUGUGUAUGAAAGUGUAGUCAUCCCCGAACGAUUACGAUAUUUUUUUUUGGAAAUUGAUGCUAAUUUGUCGUCAUUUUCAGAAGACUCAGUUCUUUACGUUUUUAGUUCGAUUGUUUGAUGUGUCUCAGUGUCAGUUCACGCACACAGGCUCAUCUUCCAUGAGCGUAGUUGUACUCACAUAGUACCGAGCAGAUACUAGUAGCACAGCCCCAAAAUAGUCAUCGAAGUCAAAUCUCCUUCAUUGCACGCGUAACCGUGCCUGUGGGAACAAGAGAGACGUUUGCUUUCGCAACAGCGCCGCGCGCUUGUCAAAAACAACUUAUGUCCUCCUUCCAAGAAGACUAUGACGACCAGCCCGGACACAGCUGGGACGAUCGUGAUGAGCCACACACGACUGCUGGCGCCGGCGAUUCCUACCCGGAUGGGUCAUCCCCUAACGAAAGCCAGGAUGAGGAUUUGGUUACCGAGCAGUCCUGGACCAUUUUGGAGGAGCAGAGCCUCACCGGCGGCAGCGUUUUUCGAAGCAGUCGAGUAGCCAGCCGCAGCGUGUCUUCCGAGGACGGAACUGCAACUGGAACGGGAAUAAAUGUAAAUGACAAGGUCAAUAAAGGGAAUGAGAAACAGAACAGUUUUUCUGCCAAAAUGGGUCGGUACCACGAGGGAAAACUCGGCAAAUUCGUUUCCGGAGACGCUGUGUUGCUGCCGAAUGACAGCAGAAGUCCGUCUUCUUCUCCGAGGAGCAACUCCACCAUCGCGCAUCUUAUCAACGGAUUGAAUGUCAGCCCAGAAGUCAGGGACAAUGAAGAUGGCAAUCAUGAAGAUGAAGAACAUUUCCCCGCGUUUUCGCCGGCCUCGUCGUCUGAAGACAGAAAUGAGCAUACCGCGAAUCAGAACAACCUACUCAUCGAGGACAUCGAGGACGCAAAGCACCGCGCUGCGAGGUCAAACGCGAUAGUCAAGGAGGGGCUGGACUACGUUUAUUCGACAAUGCUGAGGAGCGGCGUCGCGAUCGACGCCAGCGGCGGGGCAAAAAACUCUACUUCGCCGUCUGCUUUGGUCGCCGGGACCAUGGCGAAGAAGCGAUACCAUCCUACUAAAACACGUCACAAAUCAGCCAGAAAUGUGUUGGACAACAGCCAGGAGCAGGAUUUGAACGCGAUAACAACCGACGAAUCCGUUUCGCAAGAAGAAACCUCGCUGCAACUCACGCCGAAAACCCCGCGGUCGAUCAAAAGCGGAUCCCCUCCUGAAGAAACGACCCCUGCGACACUGAUCACAGCCGCGAUUGCCCUACUGGCCUACUGGUAUUUGUGCUCACAUUUCAACUUUUUUUCAGUAGCCCUAAAAUCUAAAACUAAAAGCCCUCACGCUCCUUUUCCUUUGGUUUUAGUAAGUAGCCGAGUGCCACAUUGAUUCAGUGACGUCCCAUGCAUGCUGGCUACCCGCUUCCUUUUCUCUUUCUGUCGAUCCGCAUUAGAUUGAGCGUGGCCCGCUCGUUCGGGUAGGAAAUCCCCGAAGAAGAGCAAGCAACUGCUGAAGAUCUCGUAGAAAGGCAUUGCCUCUUCCGGAAAAGUUGCUUGCAUUGCAUCACUUGUCGCCUACACCUACCCUGCGACACGUAAGAAAGUCAGAUGCGACGUGCAUGAUUUUCAUAUCAUUGGGAAAACGCACCAGCAUGCAAAGAAAUCGGAAACACUGUUGAAAAAAAUCCAGUAGGUUUUCGCCGGUGCGCAAAAUCGUUUAUGUUUCGCUUAAAAAUUGCAAAAAUGAAGCAAAAAAAUACUUUUUGCCCGAGUGGCAGUGUUUAGCGUAGUUCAUUCUGGCUACCCUGUCUUCCAUUUUUCGCAGUUGUUGGAUCUCCCUCGGGAGUCAUCCGCAAAAAUUGGAACGAUACAGAGAAGAUUAGCAUGGUCCCUGCGCAAGGAUGACACGCACAAAUCGAGAAGCGUAAGCAAUUUUUUUCGAUUCUGUGCGGUGCGAGGAUUGUUUUCAUUUUUCCGCUGAGGCGUGAAUGCGGAUGGUCCGGUUGAGUUUUGGUUCGAAAUCCGACUUUGAAUCUGCAAGGCAUGACGUGGGUUUUAUGCAAAGUCAUUGAAUAUGCCUGGUAAGACGCAAUCGAGGCUAGGUAGCAGUAAUGUGCAGAUCAACAUGAUGCGAGGGACGUUUUCUGUCUGUAGUAGGCCGGGGCCGUAAAAUCCUAACUGCGCGCUGCCGUGGACAUGCAUCAGUAGCGGUUCUCGCAGCACCCUCGCGUUUGUGUGAAAACGAAAAUUGGUUGACGAGAAACCAGCGUAAUUCGCUAGAAUAUUGCCAAAAAAUUGCAAUUGCGCACAGUUUUUUCCCCGAGUGCAGUAUUUAGCGAAGGUAUUCUGGUGCCCCAGGUUCAGCGUUUUCCCGUAGCGAUGUGGACACCCUCUAGGCAGUGGUGAGCCGGGCUAGUGCUCGGACGCGGCUUCAACCCGCGGGGGGCGGUGACGCCCAGGGGUUCGAUUCCUCCUCCGCUGCGAUUUUUUCGCAUCCCCUUGCCAUUUUUUCGCCUGCCGUUCCUCUCCCUGCGUGCCUCAGAGCGAUGGCGCGGCACGUUGUGCGCGUUGCGAAAGUGCGCGCCCGGCCCGCAGCUACGACGCCCCGUCGCCGGCCUCCUUGCAAAGUCGGCGCCUGUUUUUUGUGAAGCUAGCGCAAGCAGUUCGACAGCGACGCCAGCAGGCGCCACCGACGCAUGUAUGUAUCAAUAGGCAAAGGAAGGGGCCGCAACGCCAUGAAUGUUUGUAUUGAUUUCCGAAACUAAAACAGUGCCUGCGCUUCCAACUCGUCGCUCUUUUCGUGGUUGAAUCUCCGCCCCCAGUGGACCGUGUUUGUCCUGGAACAGUGCGGCUGGAGCACCGUGUCGCACGUUGACUCCCGGUUGGAUUGGGAAAAAGCGUUGGAUUGGCUUUCCACGCGCGGCCCGUACUUUUUUCUGCUGGGCAGCCGCGGAACGACGGGCGGAGGAGCCGGUGGUGCAAGUGGGCACGGCGUACAGGUUGGGAGCACCGGGGUGCAGGCUCCGGUAGGACCAAUUUUUAACUACGCCGACCUGGUCAAGAAAUUCGACUCUUGGGGAUGCUUGUAGAAAUGGUUUUCGCAAUCCAUCCCCAUCGUGAUGAAUGCAGCCAUUACUACGAGGAGGAAAUCCAGUUCAAUUAUGAAAUGAAAAUGCUCUAUGUAGUCACUCACGAGGACGAAACCUUUUGUCAUUUUGCUAGUUAGUUUCCUUUCCAUUUUCUGAAGACUUCUUUCCCGAUGAGUCGCAGCCUCGUCUACUGCCAUCCGUGCUUGCUAUAUCAUAUUUUGUCCUGUAUGAUUUCGACUUUGUUUGCAAUCUAAAUGUAGUGAUAGGAGAACUUUUUGCGUACUUUAGACCUACUUUUUUUGCUAACCUUCAUCCCCAUUCUGAUUUGACUUUUUGACACGUUGUGCUACACUGAGCUGAUCCUGAUGCUGAGCUAAAAUAUAAAGUAUAGUUGUAGAAUACCCGCUCCGCAGUACAACAUGCCGAGCUGCAUCUUCGUGAAAGGUGGAUAAAUAUAAACUAUGCACAGUGGUAUCAACGAAGAAUGAAAUUCCAAUUGCAAUAUCCGCAGGCGGCUACCUGCUAUGUUUCCGAACUCUUUUUUUUUCUAUAUAUUGAUCCCAGUCCCACAGCUUUCUUCUAUGGUUUUUUCUUAAACUCGAUGAUCUUCUUGUUCCAGAUCAGUUUGGAUAACUGGACAUAUGUACAUUAGAAUAUGUUGAGAAUACUAGACGAUUGUCGUUUCUCACUCCUUCCAGAUGAUGAACUAACUCAGUUGCAGCUUCUAGCUCAGAUGGAUGCGAGAACAGAACUGCUGGGUCGUGCGAAGCAUCUCUCUUGACUGCCACCCAUUGAAGGAAUGAGCUCGAUAGCGGGGCCAAGUUCUUAGUAUUGUUCCA